UGACAAUUGGGUGAAUCGGGGAGCCGCCAAUCAUUUUUCGCUGUGUACGGCAAGCGCGGGCUUCACUGUCCUAUUUUCGAUGCAGUUAAUUCCUCAGGUGAUACGGAGUAUAUCCUGCCACAUGGUGACGGGAAUUGACCUUAAUUUCGCUACUCCUGGGUAUAUGAACUGGCACAAGAGUGGCCUAUAGAGAAGCGUUCUGGAAGGCGGGUGAUCGCAUUGUGGACGGAGUACUCCGUACAGAGUAGGGUGGGACAUUAUCACGUUUGAUUGCUGCAGCCGGCCGUCAUGUCUUCGCCUCGGAGAGUCACUGAGUCGACGCCGUUACUUCACAAUGGCACUGCCAGUGUUCCGGAUAUCCCUGACGAUAUCGACGAGGAGUCCUUGGACCGGGACCUCGCCAACGUUCAGUCAGUUCCCCACGGCGGUGAAACUGAGCCUGGAUUCCCUCCCGUACCUCCUAGAGAUGGAGCUUCUGAGGCUGCCAAACAAACAACGCCCAAGGGAUCGCACCAUUUCAUCAAUGUCAGCCCUGCCCAAUUCUGGGUUAUCUUCACCGGUAUUCUAUUUUCGUAUAUAAUCGCAUUCUUCGAUUCCACUCUGAUGGGCUCCAUACACCCUGUGGUUACGUCAUAUUUUAAUUCCUCGAAUUCGGCCUCAUGGUUAUCGACGGGGUUCCUCUUAACAUGCACAGCUUUCCAGCCCCUCUUCGGCCGGGUCUCCGAUACUUUCGGUCGACGACCGGUUUAUCUAUUCGCGAUCUUCGUGUUCUUCAUCACAACGGCUUGGUGCGCGCUAGCUCAAAGUAUCGGAAGCUUUAUAGCCGCAAGAGUUUGCUGUGGUCUGGGAGCCGGGGCUGUUGCCUCCCUUGGGAUGAUAAUGAGCUCUGAUCUGAUCUACGUUGAAUAUAGAGGAAUAUAUCAGUCGUAUAUCAAUCUUGCGUAUGGAACGGGCUCAUCCCUUGGCCUGGCUUUCGGUGGACUCUUGGCAGACAAACUUGGCUGGAGAGCGGCGUUUGGCAUCCAACUGCCCUUCAUUUUUAUCUAUCUAGUAGCGGCGUACUUCACUACCCCCCAAUCCCUCGGACCACAAUUAGCAUAUCAAGAAGGCUUUUCUUUAAUGCAGGCCAUCAAGUCAAUCGAUCUAAAGGGGUCGUUUCUGUUGGUUACCGGUGUGACUGCUUUGAUGCUUGGCAUCAACCUGGGAGGAAAUGUCUUAUCUUGGGAUCAUCCACUGGUUAUAUGCUCUUUGGCAGCAUUUGGUGCGAUUGUUGCUCUUUUUAUCAAGGUUGAGCGCGAGGCAAAGCGGCCCGUGAUGCCGUUGCCUUUGCUCUCCAGUUUCCCGCGUGCGAACUUGAUCCUCGGCAACUUUUGCGCAAAUAUCACGAUUAACACGGUCCUAUUUAACGCUCCUCUGUACUUCCAGGCGGUAAAAUUGGAGUCGCCCACUAACGCAGGUUUUCGCCUCGUCGGAGCGUCACUCAUGCUCAUGAUAAGCAGCGUAUUUACUGGACUCCUCAUGACAAAGACUCGCCGACUAAAACCUCCUCUUAUUCUUGGAAGCAUAUGUCUAAUCUACGGCACGUGCUCUAUGAGCAUGCUACGUAGAGAUGCGCCAGGCUGGAUAGGGAUGCUAUCGGUUAGUCCAGCGUCCUUUGGACAGGGCUUUGCAUUCCCCGCGACAAUGUUAUCCGUACUGGCUGUCAGCGAGCAGGGGGAACAGGCAGUGGUUACAACGACGCUUGGUUUGUUCCGCAACCUAGGGUCAGUUAUGGGGGUGGCUAUAAGCAGUUGGGUCCUUCAGAACUCGCUUCGUGUGUACCUCAACCUCUCAGUUACGGGGGACGAUAAGGCAGAGAUUAUUCAACGAGUCCGAAGAUCUGUUGCCGCUAUAUCUGAGCUGGAUCCAAUCCAUCAGUAUCAAGUUAUUGAGGCGUACGAACGUGCUUUGCGUAUCACUUUCCUCUCAAGCAUCGUUUCUUCAGCAUUGGUCUUUCUUUUAGUUGCGCCCGUCAGGCUGCCUCGUUUACGCCGAAGGUAGCAGCCGGGUUCUCAUCGACUCCUUUUCACUUCCGGGUAUUCUUUGUUGAGACAGACGGUUUCUAUGUACAAUUUGGGAGGGGCAUACACGACCGGAGGGUAUAUUCUUCACAUUAGGUGCAGGCUUUCAUGCAUAACCUUCCUCUGGAUAGAUUAUUGAUUCAUAUUUUCGGGCUUCGAUUGUUGUCAGUGGACCCGCCAAAAGAGGAGGCAUCCGUCUCAAAAUGUCCGGAUGAAACACAAAAUUAAUGUAGACUAAACUUAUUCAGGGACAGCCGUAUCAAAAUAAUAGCAAUAGUGUCUUCAUC